AUGAGUGUCAGAACGUAUGGUGUCACUGAUCCGAUAUCUACAGCCAACCCCACGCCCAAGGAAAACAGUCUCAAUGAUGCAUUGAUUGGUGAACUCCGCAGUCGUGGAUCAUUUGAGAGUGAGCAGGCAACGAAGAAGAGAGUGGAAGUCCUCACUCAAUUCCAGAAAAUGGUACAAGAGUUUGUGUUCACCGUUUCCAAGAAGAAAAAUAUGUCCGAUGGGAUGGCCAAGGAUGCUGGAGGUAAAGUGUUUACUUUUGGGUCUUAUAGAUUGGGUGUUUACGGCCCAGGCUCGGAUCUUGAUACCUUGGUUGUCGUUCCCCAGCAUGUAUCGAGGGAAGACUUUUUCACUGUAUUCGCCGAAAUUAUUCGUAAACGUCCAGAAUUAGAAGAAAUUGUACCUGUUCCAGACGCUUUUGUGCCAAUUAUUAAGAUUGAGUACGAUGGCGUCCCGCUUGAUUUGAUUUUUGCAUGCUUAAAUGUUCCUAGAAUUCCUCUUGAUAUGACUUUGGACGACAAAAAUCUUUUGAGAAAUCUUGACGAGAGAGAUUUGCGGUCCCUCAACGGAACAAGAGUCACGGAUGAAAUAUUGCAGUUGGUACCAAAACCGACGGUAUUCAAGCAUGCUUUGAGAUGCAUCAAGAUGUGGGCUCAACAGAAAGCUGUGUACGGGAAUGUAUUCGGGUUUCCGGGAGGGGUGGCAUGGGCAAUGUUGGUUGCUCGUAUAUGUCAAUUAUAUCCUAAUGCUGUAAGUGCUGUCAUUGUUGAGAAAUUUUUCAAUAUCUAUACAAAAUGGAAUUGGCCCCAGCCUGUCCUCCUUAAGCCAAUCGAAGACGGACCAUUGCAAGUUCGUGUAUGGAACCCAAGGCUUUAUGCCAAUGAUCGUCUUCACCGAAUGCCAGUUAUCACUCCAGCUUAUCCUUCGAUGUGUGCCACUCAUAAUAUUACCAGCUCGACACAGAAGGUGAUUUUGUCAGAGUUAGAGAAAGGUGCAGAAGUUGUACGUCAAAUUAAUUUGGGCAAAAAGUCCUGGUCUGAUCUCUUUGAUAGACACGAUUUCUUUCAUCAUUACAAAUUCUAUCUAUGUGUAGUUGCAGCAACAGUGGCCUCGGACGAAGAACAUCUAAAGUGGACGGGUUUGAUUGAGAGUAAGUUAAGGCAUUUGGUCCUCAAACUUGAGGUCACAGAAGGUGUAGAGUUGGCACAUCCAUACGUAAAAGACUUUUCCGACUCGUACGUACUUGGAGAUGCAAACCCCUCUGAUGUCAUUGGGGCGUAUGGAACCUUGUCUGGUCAACCAUUUUUAGAUACACUUGCCAAAAGCGAUGAUAGCAAUAAAGGUGAGAAGCAGAUCCACCUCACCAAACUCUUUGUUGGAUUGAAUCUUCAACAGCUUAAGUCGGUGGACGGAGUAAAGAAAUUAAAUAUCCAAUAUCCAUGUUCAGAGUUCUACAAUAUUUGCAAGGGAUCUGGAUUUUAUGACGAAGCUAUAAACCAUAUCAAUAUUAAGAAUGUGAAACUUGUUGACCUUCCUGAUGACGUUUACGUUGAAGGGGAAGUGAGACCUACUAAAAACAGCAAAAAGAGGAAAAAGGAAGUUAGCCUUGACAAGCAGAAGCGCCCAAAAAGUACAAUUUCAACUCCCCCAGUAUCUGUUAACGGGUCUGGUUGAUUCUUUUCCUGUAGGAGGCUACGUAUUAUGAGGUUACGGAAAUCAUUUAAUCUAUUUCAGUAAAUAUACAUCCUUGACAGU